AUGGGCAUAAUCAUUUCGGUCGACAAAUUGCAUACAUCUAUCUAUCUAUCUAUCUAUCUAUCUAUCUAUCUAUCUAUCUAUCUAUCUAUCUAUCUAUCUCAGUCUGUUCAUUAUCUAUCUAUCUAUCUAUCUAUCUAUCUAUCUAUCUAUCUAUCUAUCUAUCUAUCUCAGUCUGUUCAUUAUCUAUCUAUCUAUCUAUCCUAUCUAUCUAUCUAUCUAUCUAUAGAAAUGCUAAGUCAGUCCUUCCUCCUCUUAUCUAUCGUUCUAUCUAUCUCACAAUCUAUUUAUCUAUCUCUAACACUCCCCAUUCUUAGCCCGAUUCGAGUCCGGGCCUUUGUCUUAUCACGCCAGGCUAUCUCUAGCUUUUAUCUUAAUCGUCUCUACUUCUUUUCUUUCGCCUCUUAUCAGUCUUCCUAUCUUUCUAUCUGGUUCCCGUUCAUCGUCUCUUUUUCUGUUCCUCCUCGCCCAGUCAGUCACGUUUAUCAGAACAUCGCUUAUCAGCCAGGCCUAUUUCUUUCGUUUUUUUUUUUCUUCUUUCUUCCUUUUUUUCCUUCCUUCUUUUUUUAUUCUGUUAUUUUUUUUAAUCUCUCUUUUUCUCCCUCUCUCAAUCUGCACGUUUUUCUCCCUCCUUACCAUUCUUACUGUUCUCUUUUCCCGUUUCACCCUCUCUCGGUCUAUAUUCGAUUUCCUCUUUCCAUCGGCACUUCUCAUGUUUUAAAUCCUUCUUUUUCUUUCUUUCUUUCUUUCUUUCUUUCUUUCUUUCUUUCUUUCUUUCUUUCUUUCUUUUCAAGAAAUCUGUCCUUAUAUUUUUCUUCCUUUUAUCUCUGUCUCCAUCUCUCUCCGAACUCUGUCACUCUACUUUCCCCUCCCCUUCCCUUCCCACUGCCGUUUUGCAAUUUAUUAUCGCUGUCUAUAUCUCACCCCCUUCUCCUUCCCUACUCACUCUAUCUUUUCAGCUUAUCUAUGUGUCUCCCACUCUUCUGCUUUCUGCUUAUCUCUCUAUCGCUUUUCUCUCUUCCAUUCGGCCCACAUGUUGGGUGCUCUUUCUUUCUUUCUUUCUUUCUUUCUUUCUUUCUUUCUUUCUUUCUUUUCCUGAUCAACAUAUCAUCUGAUAAAAGCGAGUUUCGUAUCUAUGUGCAAUCACCAAUGAAUUUGUGUCAGGCUCAAUAUUGCCACAACCCAAUUCAUGUUGUUUUUCCCCAGACGUGGCAAUAG